AUGGUCUGGCAUGAGUUAAAAAAAAAGACCAAGAGAAAAUUUCACCGAAACGCGGCGACCAGAUCAACUGAAAUUCCAAGCACCCAGGCGUCCCUACCCCUCAUCCAGCCUGCAACCUCUUCCACAACUACAAAUUCACCCAAUCUCGAUACGACAUCGGAAACAUCUAAAAGCGAUCCAGUGGUUGAGAUCGUGGGACCGGCCUCAAACUCUCGGCCUAAUAGCACAGAUGCCUACAUGACCCCCCCCCCCCCCCCCCCCCCCCCCCCCCCCCCCCCCCCCCCCCCCCCCCNGCUUUCACCAAAGGAACAGCAGCAACUUGACGCCUUUAGAACACAAGGACAGCUCACAUUCAGUGAGGAUGCUCAGAAAUCUUAUAUCAAAGACCUCAUCGACAUUACCAUAGGAAAGCAGAAAGAAUGGGAGGAUCGUCGAUGGGUUCUCAAAUUUGAUGGCCACACAAUCGUCCCAAGGGAAUAUAUGGAGGACAUAGUGAACUGCCUUACGCUUGCUGGUGAUAUUGGUGUCAACUUCUUACCUCAACCCGCAGAUGUUGUUUGGCCUGUGAUCAAGGGUGCCAUGCAGGCUCCCAUCACCGCAGAAGCUGAAAUUGGGGCCACCCUUACGGUCACCGAUCUACUGGUUCGAUAUAUUAGCUGUGGAAACGCAUACGAGAAAAAUUAUCUUCCUAAAGCUACGGAUCAGCUUAAAGAGAGACUUAAGUCAGCUUUGGAGGAUAUGUAUGUUGCGUGUUUGAAGCUCAUAUGUGUUACUCUGAAGCAACUACAGCGUCAUACGGCUUCACGAGUGGCCCAGGCCUUUUGGAAUCCUCAGGAAGUCCAAUCACAAGUCUCGGAAUUGGAGCAGUUCUAUUCUACACUACUCGGGGUUACUCAAAAUUGUCAGAGUGAGAUAGUCGACCAGAUCGACGACCGCAUCCUUGAUUUUGUCAAGAAUUUCAACAACUUUGAAUCCUUCGUCGCAAACAACUUUCACAUGAUUUUGGAGCGACUGGACGAGCAGAGAAUAACCGAAAUGCUUGAUUGGAUCUCACCCACGAAGGAGCGAGAUCGACACGACCCUACCAACACAGAUCGCUUGCUUGAUACUUGCGAAUGGCUAUUGCAAAAUUCCACCUUUAAGGAAUGGGAUAUGAGCGAGGGGAAAGCGACUCUUUGGCUCCAGGGGUCCCUUGGAACUGGGAAAACAUACCUGACAUCUAAAAUCAUCGAUCACCUCCUCAAAACGACGCUUCCCUGGGAGGGCCUUGCGUACUACUACUGUAAGCGAACUGAGGGACACCGUGAUGAGAAGCCAGAUGAUGUUAUUCGAAGCCUAUUUCGUCAACUAGCAGCUCCAGACCAGAACUCGAAGAUCAGCAAGGAUGUUCAAAGUCUGUUCCUUCAGAUGAAGAACAAGACAUCUUCUCCAGACAUCAACAUCUGCAAAGAGCAACUUGUCAAGUUGGUCAAUGAAUAUAGUCGAACCACCAUUGUUCUAGACGCUCUUGAUGAAUGUGAUAAACGUACAAGAAAGGUACUAUUCGACUUCAUUGACCGUCUUCAGUCCUGUUCCGAAAAGCCGAUAAGAGUAUUUUUCUCUGCUCGUCCAGACCCGGACAUCAAGAAGCGCUUUGGCGACCAUUCCACUAUCCAAACUCGAACCACUGAUGUCAAUGGUGAUAUCAGACUAUUGAUUGAAGAAAAGGUCAAGGAUAUCCAAUGCUGGAAUGAUAUGUCAGAAGAAAAUCAAAUGGAAACCGUUGACAAACUUUUAGAAAAGGGUGCCGGGAUGUUUCAACUCGUGAAUCUCCAAAUCCCUUAUCUCAUAGACUGCGGCUUGAAACAAGACGUUUUCGCUCAACUUGAGAAGAUACCAGAGGACCUCACAAAAGCCUACGAAGAAAUCUAUGACAGAUUAUCUCAGAAAAGGUUCCAAAAACGGCUUGUGGACCGUGCAUUUAUUGAUAGUUGGGGAUUCCCACAUGCUUCUGUUAUAGAUUUCAUCGAAGAAAAGUUAUGGGACGUACAUACGGCCCAUUGCCAUGCUGCCAAAGUUUGUCUCCGAUUUCUUAUGCGUGUGUAUGGAAAAUCGAUGAGCGAUAUACCCACAACUCACAAUAACGCCAAUGAGAUUGUAUCGACUCGAAGUCAAGAUCAAGACAUCCUUCAAAAGAAUCACCCAUUCCAUCGCUAUUGCCGACAUCAUUGGGUACGCCAUGUCCAGUAUCAAGAAUUCAAUCUACCGAAUGAGGAGGGGGAAUUUGAUAUGGAGCUAAGAUCCCUACUCCAUCGGUUUCUGGGCUCUCCCACCCAAGGUGGGCCAGCCUAUCAGGAGUGGUAUCAAGACAUAGUCAAUGAUGACAGGGAGUUUUGUCCAUUGAACUCGAUCUUCCGGUUCGAAAUACAACACCAAGACCUCUCACCGCCCAUCCUCCCAGUUCUUGCGAUGUCACGUCUCUCAUUUGAUGGCAUUCUUUCCGACUGGUGGGAUAGCUACGAGAUAUCUUUAUCACACAUAAAUGAUCGAAAUGAAGCCCCUCUCAUCCUUGCUGCCAAAGCUGGCUGCUUUUCGAUAUGUGAAAGGCUUAUUAGGAAAGGGGCGUCUGUGAACCAAUGUGCCAAUGGAUUUAGUGCUCUUUCAGCUGCAGCACAGGGCGGUAAUAUGAAUACGGCCAAACUUCUUAUCGAGCAUGGAGCCUCGGUAGAUCUGCUUAUUCAGGGGUAUUUGGGAAGUGCUCUUGCAGCUGCAGCAUGUGACGGUAAUAUUAAGAUGGCCAAACUUCUUAUCGAGCAUGGAGCCUCGGUGGAUCUGCUUCUUCAGGGGUACUUUGAAAGUGCUCUUGCAGCUGCAGUAUGGUACGGUGGAAAUAUAAUAGCCCAGUUUCUUCUCGAUCAUGGAGCCUCAGUGGAUCUGCUUCUUCAAGGGAAGUAUGGAAGUGCUCUUGCAGCUGCGGCAUAUGGCGGUGAAGAUAAGAUAGUCCAGCUUCUUCUCGAUCAUGGAGCCUCUAUUGAUCUUCCUGUCCAAAGUGGUUUCUAUGGGAGCAGUCUUGCGGCGGCAGCCGCAAAAGGAAACGCUUUGGUGGUCAAGUAUUUUAUUAGCCAAUGCAACGCCAACGUGAAUCUGACUUUGACCACGGGAAGAUAUGGAACUGCUUUAAACGCAGCCUCCUAUUGGGGUCAAAUCGAUUGUGUCAAGAUUCUGCUCCAAGCUGGAGCCAUUGUGGAUCGUUCCCUGACUCCUCAAGGCUUCAGUGAUGCUUUUCUGGCCUCUGAAGCGGUUGUUGUCACAAACGAUUCAUAUAGAUUCCCAGAGUCGCGAUGCUGGGGAGAUCGAACUGAGCGCGAAAUGGCUGAUGAUAAACAGGAGGUAACGAGGAUUUUGAAGGAGAGCGUAUCCUCAAAAGCCAUUAGUGAGUAG